CCGUAAAGCUCGUUUCAACUUUGACCCCUGCCAAGCCUCGCGAGAUUUGAGCAGAAGCUCUCGUUCGCGCAGCGUCGCACAGCUUGAGAACUACAACGCAAACACACAAAGACAAGCAGAAAACCGAGGCACUUCAUAGAUUGUGUGCAGAGCUUCAGCGGUCAGCAUGAUGUCUGGGGGUCCGGCGGUGCGCGUCAGCAUCGAGUCUCAGUGUGAGCGUCAGGUGCAGGAGGUGUCUCUGGACGGUCUGGAGACGUACGUCCCGCCGCUCUCCAUGUCUCAGAACCUGGCCAAGCUGGCGCAGCGGAUCGACUUCGACCAGAGCUCGGACUCGGAGCAGGACGGGCCGGAGCGGGAGAGCCGGGAGCCGUGGAGCAAGCCGGAGCCGGAGGAGGACGAGGGUGCGGUGAAGUUCCAGCCGUCGCUGUGGCCGUGGGACUCGGUGCGUAAUAACCUGCGCAGCUCUCUGACCGAGAUGUGUGUGCUGCACGACGUGCUCAGCGUGCUCAAGGAUAAGAAGUACAUGGCGCUCGACCCCGUGUCCCAGGACCCCAGCGUGACCAAGACCCCGCAGGUGUUCCAGCUGAUCAGUAAGAAGAAGUCUCUGGCCACGGCGGCGCAGCUGCUGCUGAAAGGAGCAGAGAAACUCACCAAGUCUCUGGCUGAGAACCAGGAGCAGCGCAGACAGCGGGACUUCAACUCGGAGCUGCUGCGUCUGCGCUCGCAGUGGAAGCUGCGCAAGCUCGGGGACAAGAUCCUGGGCGACCUGAGCUACCGCAGCGCCGGGUCUCUGUUCCCCCAUCACGGCACGUUCGAGGUCAUCAAGAACACAGACCUCGACCUGGAUAAGAAGGUCCCAGAUGAUUACUGUCCGCUCAGCGUGCAGAUCCCCAGCGACCUGGAGGGAUCGGCGUAUAUUAAGGUGUCCAUUCAGAAGCAGUCUCCUGAUAUCGGAGACCUCGGCACAGUCAAUCUCUUCAGAAGACAGCUUAAAGCCAAACCCGCUUCUCAGAUGUGGCAUUUAAAGCUGGAGGCGGCUCAGAAUGUGCUGCUGUGUAAGGAGAUCUUUGCUCAGCUCUCACGUGAAGCUGUUCAGAUCAAAUCACAGAUUCCUCACAUCGUCGUCAAGAACCAGAUCAUCUCGCAACCCUUUCCUGGUCUGCAGCUGUCCAUCUCUCUCUGCCACUCCACUGGAGAGAAGAAAAGCCAGAGAGCGUCUCCAGAGAAGAGCAAGCCAGACGACCAUCUGUAUGUGUUAGAACACAACCUCCACCAGCUGAUACGAGAGUUCCACAAGCAGACGCUGAGCUCGGUGGUGAUGCCCCAUCCUGCCAGCGCUCCGUUCGGACACAAGCGCUUGCGGCUGGCGGGACCCAUGGCCUACGACAAAGCAGAGAUCAGCUCCCUGCAGCAGAACGAGGGACUCCUGGAGAAGAUCAUCAAACAGGCCAAACACAUCUUCCUGAGGAGCAGGACGGCGCGAACCAUUGACAGUCUGGCCAGUCGUGUCGAGGACCCUCAGAUCCAGGCUCACUGGUCCAACAUCAACGAUGUGUAUGAGUCCAGCGUCAAAGUGCUCAUCACCUCGCAGGGAUACGAGCAGAUCUGCAAGUCGAUCCAGCUGCAGCUGAACAUCGGUGUGGAGCAGAUCAGGGUUGUGCAUCGAGACGGACGCGUCAUCACGCUCUCACACCAGGAGCAGGAGCUGCAGGACUUCCUGCUGUCACAGAUGUCGCAGCAUCAGGUUCACGCUGUGCAGCAGCUGGCUAAAGUCAUGGGCUGGCACGUGUUGAGUUUCGGUAAUCACGUGGGCCUCGGCCCAAUCGAGAGCAUUGGGAAUGCCUCCGCCAUCACGGUCGCGUCUUCUAACGGAGAAUACGCCAUCUCAGUGCGCAACGGUCCAGAGAGCGGCUGCAAGGUGCUGGUUCAGUUCCCGCGCAGUCAAGCCAAAGAGCUGCCCAAGAGCGACAUGGUGCAGGAGGGCAAAUGGACGCACCUGAGGGGUCCUUACAAGGAGGUGCACUGGGGCCGAAUGGAAGGAAGAAACUUUGUUUACAAAAUGGAGCUGCUGAUGGCGGCCCUGACCCUGUGUCCCUAGAGCCGCCGGGGUCUCACAUUAAUUUGAUGCAUCUCUUUAUCGUUUGCUCGUGCUCUGUCAUUUUUCUAAGAAAAGGCCAGCGAUGGCCAAAACACUUGUUGGAAAUAAAACAUUUGUACGUCCA